UGUGAGCUGUAUACUGCAAGGGUACAUAACUUAUAAAUAUACAUAUACGUGAUAUUUAAUUAAAAAUGGAAAAGAUGGAUUGUAAAAUGAAAGUAAUGGCACCGGAAAAUGAUUGGCGCAAUAGGGUGAAGACUCGAUUGCACGUGAAUCCCAAAUUAAUCCUUUUAAAACUAUUGGUAUUCCUGAUGAAUGGAGCCAACAACGCUCUGUACCCAUACUUCACUCUUCACAUGCUCGCGAUCGGGUUAACAUUAACCGAGAGCGGGAUAAUUUUUGUCCUAAUACCAAUUGUCGGCUGCAUUGGAUCUCCCACUGCUGGGUUUCUGGCGGAUAAACUGGGCGACUAUAAAAAAGUGGUUAUAGCGCUGAUAUUCUUCAGUAUUAUUAGUCAUGCGUUAUUAGGAUUCGCUGUACCCAGAUAUUCUUCAGCAAUUACGGCGCGGCGUUUAACGCUUAAUGCUUCCGAAGCCAGUAUUGAAUUAUCUUGCUCCGGGAUUUUUCUGAGGAUCCCCCAAAACGCGGAAGAAAACCCGCAUCCAGAAAGUUAUGCCUCUUUAAAUAUCACUAAAAUUCCUUUGAAUAACUGCAUUCAUCCAGUUGUUGGGACAAGGUUUUGUUUCCGGUCAGAUAUAUCGGAACACUGCAUCGCACCAAAAAUGCUUUCGUCAUUUUUUCUGACUAUAGAACGUCAAAACUUUACAAAGACAACACUUUCUUUGACUGACAAGAUGUUCCGCAUCCAUGUAAAAAAUUUCUCAAUGGUGUCUGCAGGUUUGAUAAAUAUAAAUAGUUUCCGUUGCGAGAAACCAUUGAAUACUUCCUCUGUAUGCCCCAUAACAAAUCAUCUGAAUUUAAGUGAAAACGUUCUACUUACGUCUGGAAAUCAUUUGUUGACCUUUGUGCUGUACAUCGUAUUUCGUGUCAUUGGGGCAACCUGUGUAUCGUCCACAAUGCAGUUGCUCGAUGCAUCAACACUGCUUAUGGCGAAGCAGCACAAAGGAGAUUUCGGCAUCCAGCGGACAUUUGGGCUAUUUGGUAGCUUGUUGAUGCCACCAUUGACCGGUUAUCUAAUUGACGUUGCCAGCAAAAAUAGAGGAUACCAAGAUUACAGCCCUGCGUAUUAUUUAUUCUGCGCCAUGUAUUUUUUAAGCGCAAUUCUGACAUGCUUCAUGGAUUUGGAAGUGAAACCGCCGGCACAACGCAUUUGGAAAACAGUCGGCAAAAUGAUGCGCAUCCCAAAAAUUUCAGCCUUUAUUAUAGUGAUGUUUCUUGUUGGAUGCUGCUUUGGUGCCCUUGAGAAUUACCUGUUCUGGUUUAUGCAAAAGUUCCUGCGAUCGCCAAAAUGGUUACUGGGAAUGACGAAUACCGUCGCUUCACUUUCGGCCAUUCCAGUGGUGGCAGCUUCAACGUACAUCAUUGGAUUCUUCGGCCAUUCCAAAAUUUUCAUCAUGUCAAUUAUUGUUUAUGGAAUACGGUUUUUGGCGUAUUCGUUUAUUUAUGACGCUUAUUUGAUACUUCCUGUGGAAAUUUUGGAAGCGUUCACGUUUUCUUUGACAUGGGUAACAGCGACAGUAUAUUGCGGAAAAAUUGUUCAGGCAUCUUAUCUGGCUACUUUGCAAGGACUUAUAGGGAGCCUGCACUACUCUGUCGGAAGAGGAUUGGGAGCACUAAUUGCCGGCACUUUAUUUGAUCACUUUGAAGCCAGACUAGUGUACCAAAGUAUGGCGUAUACGUGUUUUGUCUUGGGAACUCUUUAUGCUCUUAUUCACUAUUUGUGGCUUCGGCGAACUGCCAACCCGAAAAAAGAGGAUGUGCAUUACUAUCCACCUGAAGCGGAAAAACGUAUGAGCGUUGCCUCACCGUACAAAGAAGCCAAACCGUUCAAACCCAGUUUUAGAAAGAUUAUAUUGGAAUGUUCUGGAAUUGCAAGAGUUUGCUUGCAAAAGCUAGACAAAGAUCAGUUGACUGCAUUGAAAAUGGAAUUUGGAGGGGCUGAAGAAACUAAAAAGGAGAAGAUAAAUUGGCGUGAAUACAUUAGCCCAAACCGGAAAUUGAUUCCUUUGAAAAUUUUCAUGGUUUUCUUUUGUGGAGGAUUUGCUGCCUUAUAUCCGUACUUAACAAUCCAUAUGAAGAGCAUCGGAAUCUCUGUAACUCAAAUUGGAUUAUUAUACGCCUUCUACCCUCUCACGGUAUGUAUUGGAGGCCCGUUGGCCGGUGUUAUUGGUGACAAGAGCGGGCAUUAUAAGGUCGUCCUCUUCGUAUUCCUCGUGUUGUCCGUGAUUUUCCACGGGAUGCUAUACUACGCCGUCCCCUCGUACGAAGUGCAACAAACCCAAUUCCACCAUCCCAUUAAACACGUUCAAGUGGAGAUGCGCUGCGAUGAUUCCGUGCCGGCUGCAUCCAUCUUGUCCUACAAUAAUGCCACACUGGAUUUCACCCAGUGCAACAUGAGCAAUCUGACUCGCACGGGAAUGACCUUAUGGAGUUGUACGGCGGAUUGCUUAGGGGGAAAUGUCCAUCAGAUCGGACCGUCGAUCCUCUUACCCAGUGCGCGGGAAAACAAUCUUCAUGAAUUAUUACGAUAUAAUCAAAUUUUACGUCAACCGGUGCGGGAGGUGGUCUUGGCCAAUACGACAUCCGGUGGCGGUCCGCACACUGCUCGCUGGUGGAUCACGGAUGGUCCGACUUGUACGCUGGCGGCAGCGGAUAAAAACCACUGCACGGUGACAUGCGAAGCGGAAGUGGACGCCGGUUUUCCUUGCAAAGAAGAAGUAGUGCAUGGAAAUCAGUACACCACGUUCGGAGUGUAUUUAGUCGUUCGAUUAUUAUGCGGACUUUCGGUUAAUCUGGUUUUCACCUUGGUCGAUGCGAGUUUGCUGCAAAUGGUGGAAGAUUUCAAAGGCGACGUAGGAGUAAACAGAGCCUUUGCUUUCGUCGGAUAUUGUGCAGUUCCACCGUUAUCCGGUUUAUUAGUGGACUAUUUCAGCAAAUUGUCUGGCAGGGUAGAUUACCGUCCGGCGUUUUAUAUGUUUUUUGCCGGCAUUGCGAUGGCAAUGAUUGCGUUGAUCUUCACGGACGUACGUGUACGACCGGGGUCAAAGAAUAUCUGGAAGAAUGCUGUUCAGUUACUCCGCUUUCCACGGGUUAUCGCUUUCAUCUUAGCGUUUUUUGUCAUCGGAACUGCAUGGGGAUUUUUAGAAAGUUUUUUGUUCUGGUUCCUUGAUGAAGAUCUGAAAGCCGAAAAGUGGCUUCUUGGUUUCACCAAUACGGUCGGUGGAAUUGCCGGCAUUCCGUUUGCCGUGUUUGCCACGCAGAUUGUUAAAAAGACCGGUUUUACGAAAAUAUUUAUAUGUGGAAUUUUCGUGUUUGCACUGCGUUUCUUGGGAUAUUCGUACGUUUACAGUCCUUACUGGGUCCUGCCCUUAGAAGCACUGGAAGCGCUUACCUGUACACUUCCGUUGGUAACUGCUAGUAUUUAUGCCGCCAGUUUUUCCGUCGAAUUAUUGGCAACACUUCAGGGAACUCUUUCUGCCGUCCACUAUGGCCUUGGUAGAGGAAUGGGAUCCUUGAUGGGAGGCUUUAUGAUAAAAGAUAUGGGAACGCGGUUAUCAUUUCAAGUAUUUGCCGGUAUAUGCUUCGGAUGCUCGUUGAUAUACGCGGUGUUUCAUUUUGCCUAUCUCAGACAUUUACCAAAAACAAAAAAGAAAACUGCCGUGGAGGAAGCUUCGACGUUGUUUAAUAAAACCGUCAACGACCAUAGCCAAACGCUGAAACCGGUAGAAACGGAAGAGGAUUUAAACCGGGACACCCUGCCCGACCAUAUGGAAGAUAUUGUCAAACGCCGCCGAUCCAGCAUUCUGCCGGUGUUCGAAGUGGGAAGCACAGAACUGGCGCCUUGGACUGGAAGUAAUUCAACCGACUCCUCGUUGCCAUCCGCCAAUGGAAUUCAUCAGAGGGCACGCCAGCGUUCGCGUAAUCCAGAUUCUCCAUGACCUCCGAGCCGUCGCACAUGCCGGAUCAUGCUCAAACGAAUACUUCUACUGUAGUUAAUCUAUUUAACGGAUUCGGAUGAAUACUUUUUACUUGGUAUUUUUCCAGUCCUGAAAUAUUCUGUCUCUAUUUAACCGAUUUUAGAGGAACAAGACACAAUAUCUACUAAUACAAUCGAUUUAAUUUAUUGUAAAGCCGCCGUAUAAGCCAAUAAAUGUUGAAGAAAAAAACCAUGCUUUUGACAGUGA